CGCCAGAGAAGGCGCUUGUUUGGUUGGAGGCGCUUUCAUUGAUUGCUUCCUCCUGCUUUUAUACCCGCCCAUUCUCAGCUCUUUGUAAUCAGUCAGAAGCAUGGCUUCAAUAAAAGAAAGAGCCGCGGCGCUGAACCUUGCGGAGAAAUUGUGCGUGCGUAAUCAAGCUCCUUGUGUGGCCUCCAAGCCAGUCCAGUCUUCCACCAUGUGGAGCAGCCUUAUCUCCCACCUGAAGUCUACUGUGACUGUGAAGCGCAGACGAGUCCUCCUGAAAUCCCACAGUGACUGUUUCCUUGGCUCAGAGGGUGUGGAUGUACUGGCAGAAUACAUUGCUAAAGUGAAGGGCUUUGAGGGUUCCAUCGUGUCUCGGGACAAAGUGGUGUGUGUGUGCCAGGCGCUGUUGGAGUGCGGCGUGUUUGAGGCAGUGGGAACCAAAGUGCUGGGAAAAGACAGGAAACGGGAUGUGUUUCAGGACAGCAAGAGCGCUCUUUACAGGUUUGUAGGCACAUCUACUCCUUCAGUAGAUGAGUUGGAAAAAGGUGUGCUUGUGAAUGGGAUCCAAAAGUUCUUCACCUGUGCUCCUUCAGACAGGCAGGACGAGCAGACAUGUCCCCCUGCAUCGCUUGUUGAUAUGUCCACCCCAGUCCUCUUCACUCAUACUUCCAGCCAGCUAGAUGCUUCCGCCACUAGCAGCCAAUCACUGGAGCUGCCAAUGAACAGUCUGAGUCUGAGUCCGUGCAGGGUACAGACAGACACGGGUUUACCGCAAUCAUGCUGCAUUUGGGGGGACAAAAGGCAGCAAUACACCUGCACAGGCUGCAACUCAAUUAGAGCUUGGUUCCUCUGGCUCGUUCCUGCAGUGGUGGAUGAGGUGUGGCAGGAGCAGACCCUGCUCAGGCUGUUAAACCUGGUGGAGAUCCCUGUGCUGGAAGGCGUGCUUCAGUGCAGGCAGAGUCCAUCCUCUCCAUCUCCAGCCAACCUGGCACACAGUAACCCAGACUUGAUCUACAGCAACAACCACCUGGACCGACAGAUCCUCAAGGCCUUCCGAGACUCUCAGGAAGAUGAGUGGCUCUGUGCAGCUUUGGACUGUUUGGACUUCCUGCCUGACCAGCCGGUAGUGGAGCUGAGCAGGGAGCUGCCUCAUUGUUUCCCUCAAGAUGAUGAGAGCUGUGACCCAGAACCAGCUGGUCUCAGCGUCCAAGAAAGAGGUGACAACAGUGCAGAGCACCCACAUCUCUCCCCAAGUGGCUUGGCCCAGUGUCAGCUGCUGCUAUAUGGGACUCUGGUCAAACACUACAGCAACACAAACAGGCCUCCACUUCUGCCGCAGCACAUGACUGACAUCUAUACGGCCAUCACCGAGCUGCUCGUAAAUGCUAAAUUAGAUAAGGCUCUCGAGGCUUUGCAACUGUGUCUGAAGCUGCUGCCGCACAGCAGCAGAGAUGAGCUCCGUGGGCUGCUUAUCUUCAUGUCUCUGGCAGCUGACCCACAUGGGAUUAAAGUGGACAAGGAGAUUGAGAACAGGCUGGCAGUGAAGAGGUCUUUCUCCAGGGCGAUCCUACACAGCAAGGCUCUCUCCAAAGAGAAAGAAGAUCUUAUGUUGGUCUUUAUGCUAAGCAAUGUUAAAGAAAUCUUCAAGAUACCAGGGGCUCUGCACAAAGUAGUGAGUGACAAGCUGGCUUGCCUCGUACAGGAGAAACAGCCGGAUGUGACGGGUUCUACAUUCUGUCAGCAGGUCGACAGGAACACUUUACAAAACUCUACAAAAAACACCACCAACCAAGCGCUGUGGGUCCUCUUAAACAACAUCCACCUGGAUACCAAGAUCUCAGCCAAGGAGAAAAAGCGUCUUCUUAGACAGUUUCACCUUUCCCACCCAGAAAUAUUUAACCAGUACUUUGGUGACUCUGCCUUCAGUGUGCUGUAGAUCUGUGCAGAUUUGUCUCU